CAUAGGUGUAUAUAUAAACUCAAAGUCUCAAAUGUUCUUUUGGCUACUACCUGUCUUUGAUCACAACAAGUUGAGCAUGGAUGAUAAUAGUAUCAAUAGUUUCUUCAAAGUAGGACUCAUUCUAUUAGUCAUUCUUUGUAUUUUUCCAAUGGCGGUAGAGAGUCAUUGGAAGCUCAUUGGCCCACUUUGUGCAUCACAGAUCACCCUAGUUGACCAUGCAUGCUCAUUUCUCCCAUUCAAUCUCCCUCCACCAUCUCCUCCAUCAUCAUCGUCGUCGUCAUCAUUACCGUCACUUGUUUCUGCUCCUAGUCCAGAUGGACGACAUUCGCGUAGGCACGGACCUCAUGGCCGAAGACAUCACCACCAUAGACACCAUACUGAUAACCCUGAAGAAGAGAUUUGUUGCCGAUGGUUGAGAGAAGUUGAUGAUGAGUGUGUUUGUCAACUACUAGCUCAGUUACCUGCAUUCCUUUCUAAGCCUGUUCAUCAGUAUUCUGUCAUUGUUGGUGACACGUGCAAUGAGAACUUCCAAUGUGGUUCACGAGUCAAAGUCAAUGGUUAAACUAUACUAGUUGAUGAAUUAAACCAUUAAUUCUAUGACGAUUCACUAUAUGAUUUAUUAGUCAUGCUUCUUGCAUAAUAAUAGAAUUAAGUAAUAUACUAGAUACCGUUACAUUGAAUUUGUUAGUAUGUCACUCUAAGAAAGUUAUAAAAGACUCCACCUUUUCGUUGUAUUGCAUUAUAUGACCUUGAGCAACUUCUUAGUUCACAUUGUAUGUUUCUCUUUGAUUGUUACUAUUUUUUAAUUCGUCAAACAAUAAGAAAAA